GUUUCGCCGUUCGCCAACGAGAAAUUAUCCCACCUUGUGCAAAGUUAGAACGGAAAAGAGGAAUUUAUACAGUAUUGUUUCUCGGUUUUAGACGCUUGCCGGCCAGCAUGUGCAGUAUCGUGGAGGAUGACUUUGGUGACGAGGGCGGUGCACACGCCAUGAAGGAGGACACACCGCAGCCGGAGCUGGGCGGUAAUGAGCUGUGCCGCAAGUGCAACACCGAGCAGGCCGUUUUGAAGCUCAACCAGAAGGAACCGCAGUGUCGGGUUUGCUUUCUCAACUACGUGCGGCACAAGUUUCGGGCUUCGCUGGGUUCCACAAAAAUCGUGCGCCGUGGAUCGCGAGUGCUCAUCAUCCUUACCGGAGAGCCGGCGAACGUGACCCUCCUCGAUAUGGUACGGUUCGGGCUGGAGCAGGAUGCGUUCAAGCAGCUACGGAUAGUACCGGUCCUGCUGUACGUCGAUGACGAUUUCGUUGGAAACACAGCGGAGGCAAGAUUACGACAGCUGGCGGAGCGAUUACAGGUGUUCAAGCAGUUCGAGAGCUUCCCGGCGUACUAUACCGUGUGUGGUUCUUCGCGGCACGUUGCCAUUACGUUUGAUGGCGCCUUUUCACCGGCCAGUUUCGAGCAAGAUGAAGCGCGACUGCUGCAGGUACUGAAUGCGGUCCGAUCGGUUUCGUCCAAGCAGGAUCUACUAGAGCAGGUGCGCAAACAAACGUAUCGUCAAAUCGGCCAUGCCCUCCAGUGUGCCUACGUCUUCCUGUCCGAUAUUGGGGUUGAUCUGGCCAAAACGCUACUAUCGAAUGUGGCUCUUGGUCGUGGAUGCUCCCUAGCGCAGGAUGUAGCCUUCUGUGAUGAUCGCGAUGAUACGGUGAAGCUGGUACGACCAAUACGCGACCUCAAUCCGGACGAGGUUAGCAACUAUUUGCAGUACAGCGAGCAACCAUUGCUGUCCUACUCGCCCGCCAAACACUUCGAGGAUAAGCCAAGCUUGCAGAAUUUGACCGCCAAGUUUAUCGACAAUCUGAUGCAAAGCUUCCCGUCGACGGUAUCGACCGUGUACCGAACCGGUGAUAAAUUGGACGCACCGAAAGCAGCACGAAACGGUCCCGCCGUCGGUGAUGGAACAUCGGAACGGCAGGACGAAAGCGAGGAUUUUCUUGCCCUGUUUGACAGAACGCUCACAUUGGACGAUCGGCCGUCGGGGGAGUGUUGCCGUUUCUGCGGUGCUGCCUUAGACUAUCGAGGAUCGAAAACGCUGUUUGCUACCGAAUAUUCGCGCCUCGUUUCAUCUCGGAUUAAUGCCGCCUGCAGCCAUGAGGAUAUUUUGCUAAAGUCCAAACAAAUGGAACUGGAUGCGGAACGUGCGGUAAACGGUGAAGACGACCAGGGCGAAGAGCGCGUGCAUAUGAAGCAGCUUUGCCAUGGGUGUAGGAAUAUUUUUGAAGAUUUUAAUUAAUAAUUAUGAGAUGAUCAUAUAAUAAACGCACUAUGUUGUGGAAAA